UAUGUCGGCUCUCAUCGGAGAAAUAAAAAUAUAAAAUAAUUUGUCACCAAAAUCAAUUUGAAACUCGGUCGUAAGUUCAAAAACACUAAGUACACUGCUCGUAUUGAAAUGCUACAUUAAGUGCUUGAAAUGGCCCAGAAUUUGCAAAAGAAACCCGCCAAGGGUAUCCUAAAAACUUCGCGUAGUGUCGACAGUCAAGAUAAUGCUAUGGCCUCCUCGAGUAAAAGGGCAAAAGAGCAGAGGUUUGACGAGAUAAACAUCAUGGAGACGUUUCAUCCGCCGGACAAGGAUUACGGGCAUAUGAAGGUGGAUGAACCGAAGACUCCGUACUCGGAGGCUGUGGACGGAGACUUGGAGCCAACUGACGAGCUAGACGCCAACAUCUUGGCUGCGAAGCUGGCUGCCAGCAUGAACAAGCCGCCCAAGUGUCUGGAGUCUUCCGAGAGCGAUGAGGAUGAGACAGAAGAGGAGCGCCAACGGAGAUUGGAGUUCAAAAAGAAGAGAAAAAUUCACUAUAAUGAAUUCCAGGCACUACAACUGGCGAGACAAUUGAUGGCACAAGAAGAAGAAGAAGAUGAAGAGGAGGAGAAAGGGGGCACUUCGGCCACCUGACUGCCCUCUGCGGUACACAAAAUUACGCUUAGUUGAUAAUUUAGGUGAGGCAUGGGUUGUGCUCCAACGGACAAUAUGUUAGAACAAGUUGUUCAUUGUAAUUGUAGCGCGAUGUUCCCGGAAUUGCCUGUUAGGGUAAUUGCUUAUACGUUCAAAAAUAGAAAUAUUGCGCUUUGAAACUGUGAUGCAUAU